GUUCAAUGUUCAAUGUUCAUUUCUCAUACUCGUUAAAAACAUCUCUCGCUUGAGCUUCCUCUUCUUGCAAUUCGAGCGCCCUGGUCUGGUCUCCAUGCACUUGUACAUCAGCUUGACAUAGAGAGAUCCUGCUGUUGAAACAUGUCGUGCAGACACUCUUCCGACAAUGGUGCGCCCAAGCAUCGGCAACGCGGCAAAUUUCUGCAAGCAUGUGAAGUGCAACUCCCAAAAGCACCAAAAUCAAUCCCCAGCAACAAGCAUGAACCUCGCACCUGACUCACAGCUCGCUCGGAACGGAAGGAUCACAGUUCCAAAAGGAACAACGACAUCAUCAACCGGAUCGAAGAACUGUACGACCAUUCGCUCGCUCGUGCCGCCUAUCGUCCGAAGCCCGGCGCGGCCGGACCUCCCGCCAUGCCCAAGGUCAUCGCAAGAUGAUUGCGCUGGUGAAAAGCGCCAAUAGGUUGGAAACCU